AUGAAGGCGACGCUUCGCGACUCUGGUAAACUUGCCCGUCUUCGAGCACAAUUACUGGAGCCCGGCCCGGGAGCUGGCGGCGGCGGCGGAUCCGGCUUCGACGUCAGCAAAAGCGGCGACGCGCGCAUUUCUCUUGUUGGUUUCCCGUCUGUCGGUAAAUCAACCUUUUUAUCAAAAGUCACCAAGACGAGAUCGGAAGUUGCCUCGUACGCGUUCACCACACUCACAGCCAUCCCUGGUGUUCUCGAAUAUGGCGGCGCAGAGAUUCAGCUCCUCGAUUUGCCGGGAAUCAUCGAGGGAGCCGCCGAGGGCAAAGGUCGUGGCCGUCAAGUCAUUUCGGCAGCCAAGACGAGUGAUCUUAUCCUGAUGGUGCUGGAUGCCACGAAAAAGGCUGAGCAGAGAGCCCUCUUGGAAGCCGAAUUAGAGGCUGUAGGCAUCAGGUUGAACCGCGAGCCACCGAACAUCUACUUGAAGCCCAAAAAAGCAGGCGGCAUGAAAAUCACCUUCCAAACACCGCCCAAGAACCUCGACGAGAAGAUGCUCUACAACAUACUGCGGGACUACAAAAUCCUCAACUGCGAGGUGCUCGUGCGCGACGAAAACGCCACAGUUGACGACUUCAUCGACGUAAUCAUGAAGGACCACCGCAAAUAUAUCAAGUGUCUCUAUGUGUACAACAAGAUUGACAGCGUGUCACUCGACUUUUUAGACAGCCUGGCGCGGGAACCGCAGACAGUCGUCAUGAGCUGCGAGUUAGAUCUGGGAAUUCAGGAUGUGAUUGAUCGAUGCUGGAAGGAGCUGAAGCUGAUUAGAAUAUAUACGAAGCGCAAGGGCGUUGAGCCGGACUUCAACGAGGCGUUGAUUGUGAGGAGUAAUAGCACUAUUGAAGACGUGUGUGAUCGGAUCCAUCGCACCUUGAAGGAUACUUUCAAGUAUGCCUUGGUUUGGGGAGCGAGCGCCAGACAUAUUCCUCAGAGAGUUGGGUUGGGACAUUCGGUAGCGGAUGAGGAUGUGGUUUACAUUGUGAGCGGGUGGCGAGCGUAA